UGUAAUUCUGUAGUGUCAGGAGAAAAGUCAGACGGGUCAGGUGGAUUGACGUAAGAAGGUAUAGACGCAUCUAGAGGUGCCAGGGUAUAUAUUGAGGAGAUUCCUUUGGAGGGGGCGCUCUUGCUCCUGCUUGCUUGCUUUUUUGUGGGGGAACUUUUUGGGUGGCACGGGGACACGCUGUUUGGGGUUUUUCUUUGAUACUUUCGACUAAGAAGUUUUUCCUCCUUGAGCUCAAUGGAAGCAGUGGCCGAUCAGCAUCAAUAAAGAGUUUUGCUCAUUCUCAUCCAGAUUGGGUUCAAGUUCUGAAAAAGAGAAGAAGAGGAGAGAGUGGUGGAUGUUCUUGAGGAACCUGUGGCCCUGAUAGCGGUGUUCCAUGCCCAUGAUGGACAAGUUGAGAGACUGUCGUAAUGUGCUGCUGGUGCUCUUCUUGGCUCAUGUGCUCACGGCACUGGAGGUCCCUCUCGAUCCUAAAGUUCUGGAAGGAUUGCCACAGCCUCCAACCAUAACCCACCAGUCUCCUAAAGAUUACAUCGUCGAUCCCCGAGAAAACAUCGUCAUCCACUGUGAGGCCAAAGGAAAACCACAUCCAAGUUUCUCCUGGACUAAGAACGGCAUGCAUUUCGACGUCGAAAAGGACUCUAAAGUGACCAUGAAGCCUCAUUCUGGGACUCUGGUGAUGGACAUCAGUGGAGGAGAGAAAGCAGAGGAUUACGAGGGUGUCUACCAGUGCACUGCACGCAACGAGCAUGGAACAGCCAUCUCCAACAACAUCGUCAUCCGCCAGUCGAGAUCGCCUCUGUGGUCGAAGGAGAGGAUCAAACCGAUCAUCAUCCAGGAAGGCAGGUCUCUGGUGCUGCAGUGCAGACCUCCUGCAGGACUCCCUCCUCCUAUCGUCUUCUGGAUGGACAACAAUUUCCAGAGGCUUCCACAGAGCAGCCGUGUCUCUCAGGGCCUGAACGGUGACCUCUACUUCUCCAACGUGAUUCUGGAAGAUUCCCGAAGUGACUACAUUUGUUACGCACGCUUCCCACACACACAGACCAUUCAGCAAAAGCAGCCCAUCAGCGUCCGUGUCCUCAACAUGGAUGCAAUCAAUGAGACAAUGGCAGCUUAUUUGAAUGAGACUGAUUUGUUUGGUGAUGACGCAUUAGAGGAGAUCCAACCUUCGUUUUUGGUUCCGAUCGGUUCGAGCAGCUCGAAGAUGGUCCUGAGUGGACAGGUUCUGGAACUGGAGUGCAUUGCUGCUGGACUCCCCACUCCAGAGAUCUCUUGGAGCAAGGUGAGCCGCGACCUCCCCGCCUCUAGAACCGAGUACUUAAACUUUCAGAAAACGCUCCAGAUCAAGGAGGUCACCGAGGCAGAUGCUGGAGAUUACCGCUGCACUGCCAAGAACCACCUGGGCGCCAUCCACCACACCAUCCACGUAACUGUGAAAACUGUUCCGUACUGGAUCAGUUCACCACGUAAUCUGGUCUUGGCUCCACUGGAGAACGGGAUGAUGACCUGCCGAGCUAGAGGCGACCCCAAACCCACCGUCACCUGGUUCAUGAACGGAGUACCCAUCGAAAAUUCUCCAGCAGACCCAAGCAGGAAGGUGGAGGACGAUAUUAUUACUUUCACCGAGGUUCAGACCGGAUCCAGUGCCGUGUACCAGUGUAAUGUCUCUAAUGAAUAUGGAUAUCUGCUUGCCAAUGCCUUCGUCAAUGUACUAGCCGAGCCUCCCAGAGUGCUCACUCCUAAUAAUAAAGUCUACCAGGUCAUCAUGAACAAACCUGCGCUUCUGGACUGUGCAUCCUUUGGCUCUCCUAUUCCCAGAGUAUCAUGGUUUAAGGACAGUCGCUCCAGUGUUUUGGUUGGAGACCCGUAUGUGUUUCAUGAAAAUGGAACUCUUGAGGUUCCUGUGGCACAAACACUAAACAGUGGCAAAUACACCUGCGCGGCCACAAACUCUCUCGGCACCUCUGAGAAUCACGUAUUCCUGGAGGUCAAAGAGCCCACACGGAUCCUGAAGCAGCCCAAUUACAAAGUCGCCCAGAUCAACCAAGACGUGGUAUUUGAGUGUAAAGUGAAGCAUGACCCGUCUCUCAUUCCCACCAGGAUUUGGCUCAAGGAUAACGAAGAGCUUCCUGAAGACAGGAGAUUUGUCGUGGGCGCAGACAGCCUUACCAUCCUCAAAGUAACAGAGAGCGAUAAAGGGACAUACACCUGCAUCAUGAACACCACUUUAGACCAAGACUCGGCCAGCGCACAGCUCACUGUUGUCGAGGCUAGCCCGACACCGGCGCUCGCUUACGAGCAACCAGAUCCUCCUACAGAUCUGGAGUUAACGGAUCCGGGCGCACGGAGCGUCCAGCUCACCUGGAUCCCUGGAGACGAGCACAACAGUCCUAUCGAGAAGUUCCACAUUCAGUAUGAAGAUGUUCUUCAUGACAAAGGAAAAUGGCAUAACCUGACAGAGGUACCCGGCACUAAGACCACAGCUCACCUCAAGCUGUCCCCAUACGUGCACUACAGGUUCAGAGUCAUAGCUCGCAAUGAAGUUGGCUUUAGCCAUCCAAGCCAGCCUUCACACGUGUACAAAACAAGCCCUGCAGCUCCUGAUGAGAAUCCCAGUGAAGUCAAAGCCAUGGGAACACAGCCUGAUAAUUUAGUUAUAUCAUGGAAGCCAUUGGAUGGUCUUCAGUCGAAUGGUCCUGGAUUAAAUUACACAGUCAAGUGGAAGCAGGAUACGGAAACACAAUGGUCUUCUGUCACCCUGUUCAAUGUUUCUAAGUUUGUGGUAUCUGGGACCCCAACCUUCAAGCCGUACAUGGUGAAAGUCCAAGCAGUAAAUAACUACGGCCCAGGACCAGAGCCGGAAGUCGUCACCGGAUACUCCGGAGAGGAUCUACCGGCGGCGGCUCCGGAAAACGUGAGCGUUCUGGUGAAGAACAGCACUCUGGCAGAAGUCCACUGGAAACCAGUAGCAGCACAUUUAGUGCGUGGAAGACUGCAAGGCUACAGGGUGUAUUAUUGGAAAGAAAAAAGCCUGCACAGGCAUAGCCAUGUUCACUCUCACCACAUGGAGCAGCAAACACUGACCUUCAUUGGAAACAGGAGCCAUGGCAAGCUUCCUGCCCUGCAGCCCUUCAGCACCUACGUACUCCACAUAAAAGUCUUUAACGGGCGAGGAGAAGGUCCUGCCAGUGCCAACAAACAGUUUGAAACUCCUGAAGGAGUUCCUGGUAGGCCAGCGUUCCUCAGGGUGGUUGACAGUAACCCAGACUCCCUGACUCUGGAGUGGGGGCCGCCUCACGAUCGAAAUGGACGUCUCACAGGAUACACCCUCAAAUAUCAGUCAGUCAAUAACACCAAUGAGCUUGGCCAGUUAGAGGAAAUGAAUGUGCUUGCUAAUGAAACUAGCAUCACUCUGUACAACCUGAAGUACAGCACACGCUACAAGUUUUAUUUCAAUGCCAGAACACAAGCAGGACCAGGCCCAAGCGUUAAUGAAGAGUUUGCGACAAUAAUGGACACAGGGAUUCCAGCUUCUCCCCCACCAGUCUCCCCAACCUCCCAGUCUCUACGUCCCCCUCUUCACAAGGCUGUUCCUUCUCCUGCGGUGUUUGGGAACGUUAACUCAUCCGUUGGCGAGGACGGAGCACUAAUCAGUUGGGAUUACUGGGGACCAGAAAAACACGUUUAUGUUGAAUAUAUUGUAGUGAACAGUGAUGAAGACUGGCAAAAAGAGAUGGUAAAUGGAUCACAGUCCCAUGUGCUUAAAGGUUUAAAGGAAGGGCUGGCGUACAAAGUGCGCGUGGUGGCUCAAAGCCACACCGACCAAACAAUCCACCGUUCUGCGGAGCUGGUGGUUACGGUACCAGCGAUAGCCAGCAGGCAGGUGGACAUCGCUACCCAGGGCUGGUUUAUUGGCCUCAUGUGUGCCAUUGCCCUGCUUAUUCUGGUUCUCCUUAUUGCCUGCUUCAUUAGGAGGAACAAAGGGGGCAAAUACCCAGUGAAAGAGAAGGAGGACGCACACACUGACCCCGAGGUGCAGCCUAUGAAGGAUGAUGAUAUAAUUUUUGGAGAGUACAGUGACAAUGAGGACCAUAAACCGUUAAAAGGGAGCCGCACGCCGUCCAGUGGCACCGUAAAGCGAGACGAAAGUGACGACAGUUUAGUUGACUACGGGGAAGGUGGAGAUGUACAGUUCAACGAGGACGGCUCUUUUAUUGGCCAGUAUAGUGGGAAGACAGAAAGGGACACCGUGCAGGGUCACGAGAGCUCAGAGGCACCCUCACCUGUAAACGCCAUGAACUCUUUUGUUUAAGCAUAGGGAAAAAAGUAGGACUUUUUUUUAACGAAUGCAAAUUUACAGCAUGAUUACAGCUCUGAUUAGUUACCUGUUUACAUGAAGUGAAGGAAACAAAAAAAAUAUAUUAGGGAGUGAAUUAAGUUUUAAAACAAGAUUAAACCAAUUUGUCUGGAGAGAUACUUGGCGACUCGAACAGGAUCCACUUAACCUGGCAUGAUGAUUGGAAUACAGAUGUGGCAACGCUACCACUUCAUCACUGUCGCAUUCAUGAUUAAGACUGAUCUCAGUUACACGAUUAUUAUUAUUAUUUUUUUUUACGGCUAACAUUAAGUGACCUUCUGGUUACUUCUAAAACUCAGUAUGUCAGUGCUGCAUGCAUAAUAUGCUACUAUUACUCGUAACAUACGGUUGCAACUAAAGAGACCUACAGUAUAUGAAAGAAGUAGCUAAUUUAUAAGGAUUAUGUGGUGCUUCUUUGAAAUAAUGGGUAUGCCUUGAUUAUGUUUUGAGUAUUAUAUGAGAAUUGUACAGAUAAAUUGAACCGGUGGAGACACUGGAUUUAAGGCACUGCUAUUAAAUAUUCGAUCAAAUGUAUACUUAUUAUAAUUCCAUGUCUGAAAGUGUGUGUAAAUAGCUGUAGAAAGAAAAAAGACUUUAUCCUGUAUAAUAGAUUGGGAUGAAAUGUGUGCAGAAAUCUGAUCUGAAAGAUUCUAGAUUAGACCAGAUAUUUAAAAUAAAACACAAAGGUAUAUUCCACAGGUGCCGUCGUCCCAACACUAUGCCACCUUUUCUUUUUCUUUUUUUCCUUCUAUUUUUGUUUCUCCGUCACGCCUGAGACCUUCAUGCUGCAUCUCAAAUCAUACGAGAUCCCGCUGUCUCUACCUUGACCUGCAUGCGAACCCUUGUGGUUCCCAUGGCAACUAAAACCAUAGCGACCCAAAAACUGCUUUAAGUAUGUAGUUUCCACCAUUUCUUACAUUCUAGCGGUUCCAUGCGCGUCUUUUCAUAACACGAACUGCAUACGGACGUGAUAAUGGGUGCUGGGUGGCCUUUACAGAGUAGUGCCUUUAUUCAGAAACGAGCCUCUGGGUCAAUUUACAGGACUAAUGCACGGUAACGGUCAGGCAUUUGGGUGUAGGAAAGGAGCAGGACGAUGUUUAUAUAUGAAUUAGAAAUGAUGUUUGUAUACGGUUAUAGAAAUGAGGACAUGGUUCUCUCCAGUAUAAACUGAGCAACACGAUGAACACUGUAGGAUUUGCUCUUUGCCUCAUUCAGUUUCAUUACACUGGUUUGUUGUGUAGCACUCAGUGUUUGUGCUUGUGUGUGUGUGUGUGUGUGUGUAGGUGGGUGGGUUGCGGAUGGGCGUGGGCGUGUGCAUGUGUGUAAAAACAAUGCAUUAAUAUUACUUUGUAAAAAAUUUUCACCUGUCCAUUGUUCAGCGUUAAGACCCUCGCAAGUUGGACGGAUUUUCACGGAUUUUGAUUUCGGAUCAAAAAACUUGCAUCAAGUUUUAGUUUCAAAUGUGUUUUGUUUUGUUUUGUUUUUUCCUGUAGAUAUAUUGUUGAAUUUGUAAAUAAUAAGACGGUUUGGCUUAAUGGAAAUGGAGUAGAAAUCAAGUCAGUGAAGCACUGCUGGAAUCUGGGGGGCAUGAAGGCUUGUGUUGUAUAUUCAGCAUCAUCUUCCUCUUUUGCUGUGAACACUGUACAUUUUAACACAAAGUGGGUGGUGUCUUCAAAAUUAUUCAGACGUCAAAGCUUUUUAAUCCAGCAAACCGAAUCGCACUGCGUUCCAAGCACAACCGUAAUUUAUGCAAGUGGUGAUUCAUCAUAUUACUGAAAUGGUCGUUAUUUCAUCACAAUCAUCUGAUUUCUCUGCAUAUUAGAAGUGUACAUGUUUUUUUAUAUUAUUCUGAAAAUCACGAUCGUGUUAGUUUCAGAGCUUUACUAACGAUUUGACAUUUCUUUUAUUUAAGUCUCCCCACUUCAGAAUUCAUGAAUGAAAUUUCAACAGCUCUAAAUGUGUAACGAAUGAAUAAAUAUCACUAUAUUACG